UUAUAAUAUAACGUUUGCGAGUCUCGCGUGCGUGUCGUCGUCGUUCAAAACAUAUCUAUAGAUAUAAGCACAUUCGGCCCACCAGGCCGGCUUUCUCUUACUCUCCGUUUUCGAGCUAUUCUCAUUCCAACGUGAAGAGCCGGAUAGCCUGCAUCUCGACUCAUAAAAGCGGAAUUCAAGUGUUCGUGUUAACCUUAAACGAAAGUUCAACGAGAAAUUCAAUCAAAAUGCCCCGUGAACAUAGAGACGGCGAGAAGGGAGUGAGCACCACCGGAGGAGGCGAUUCUGCCGGCGAUAAACAUCAUGACAAAAAGCCGAGGAAAUUCAACUCGCAUUUCCGCGGAGGAAAUCGUGGUGGUCGUUAUUAUGGCAAAAAUCGUUACCAUGGUGGUGGCGACAAUAGAAGACAUUACUACAAGAAGCCAAGAUAUGAUGUUGGGGAAAGACUCAAGGAAGUCGAUCUUGGGAUUACUGAAUAUGUUGGCAAUGCCGAAGGAUUCAAUGGAACAAUGAAGGAAAGAUUUACAGACUUUGUUGUUCAUGAAAUAUCUUCAAAUGGAGAAAUCGCUCAAUUGAAUAAUCAAGACAUACCUCCAGAGCCUGAAGAUUUAGAAAAUCUGGAAGAUUUGAAGAAAAAAAUUCCUGAAGGUGUUUGGGAUCAACUUCAAACUCUAGCAGAUAAAAGUGAAUCUGUUGAAAUUGACGUUACCGAUAUGGAUAAAGCUCAGCGUAGAGCUGUCCAUGUAAUUGUCAAAAAAAUUACGGAAGUAACAAGUGAGACCAAAGAAAUUGGUUCUAAAAAAGUCAUGGUUUUCUCUAAACCAUACCCUAACAAAUUUGGUACAAGACAAACAGAUAAUCGUAAAGAUUGGUCUGUUAGAGGAGGUGAUUACUGUCACUUUGUUUUACACAAAGUGAACAUGGAUACUAUGGAUGCAUUGAAUCAAAUGGCGAAAGUUUUGAGAGUCAAAUCUGGUAUCUUCAAUUAUGCAGGUACCAAAGAUCGACGAGCAAAAACCACUCAAUGGAUAAGUGUAAAGAAAAUGAAUCCAAAAAGUAUCAUGCAUGCAGCCCGAGUUGUUAAGGGAGCUUUUGUUGGUAACUUCAAAUUUGAAAAGGAACCUUUGAAGUUAGGAAAAUUAGAAGGCAAUAGGUUUACUAUUGCUCUCAGAAACGUUACUGUUGCUGAUGAUGUAGUGGAAAAGGCAAUGACUUCGUUGAGAGAUCAUGGAUACAUUAACUACUAUGGUCUUCAAAGGUUCGGAACUAUUGCAACCAUUCCAACUCAUGUGAUUGGCAAGGCACUUCUUCAAGGUAAAUUUGAAGAAGCUAUUGAUCUUAUUCUCAAACCAAGAGACGGUGAGCAAGACUAUAAUUUGGUAGAAGCUAGAAAAAUUUACCAAGAAAAAAAAGAUGCUCGCUUAGCAUAUCAAAAAAUUGGUAGAAAUGACAAAAUAGAAGCCAAACUUCUAUGGGGUAUUAAUAUUCAUGGAAUGAAUAAUCCACAAGGAGCUUUGGAUAUGGUUCCAAGAAAUACAAUAUUAAUGUAUAUUCACUCAUAUCAAAGCUAUGUAUGGAACUUGAUAGUUUCAAAGCGUAUAAAGGAAUUUGGACUUAAACCAGUUGUAGGUGAUUUAGUUUAUGAAAAUCCUGAUUCAAAGGAUGAUGUUGAAACUGUUGCUGAAGAACAGCAAACAACUGAGGAGUCUACUAAAGCAGAAACAAAUGAAAACUCUGACAACGCAGAGGUCAAAAAAGAAGACUCUCCAGUUGAAGAGAAAACUAAAACUACUGAAAAAAAUGAAUCAGAAAAUGAAUUGCCAAAAGUUAAAGUAUUAACUGAGGCUGAUCUAUCAUCUUACACAAUAUUCGAUGUAGUUAUGCCUCAACCUGGUUGGAAAGUAACUUACCCAAGUUAUGCUAAAGCAUGGUUUGAUGAACAUCUUGAAAAAGAUGGACUUACAACAGAUUUAAAGCAAAAGAACAAAAAAUAUACCCUGAGUGGUUCAUAUAGAAAAAUAGUCCAAAAGCCUGAAAAUUUAAGUUGGAAUCUUUUACGCUAUGCAAACAAAAUUGAUGACUUACUUAUUUCUGACAUCGACGAAUUAAAAGACAUUAAAGCACCAGUAGAUAAUCCAGAAGGCAAAUUCAAAGCAUUGGUCAUUCAAAUGUCGCUGAAACCAUCAUCCUAUGCUACAAUGGCUUUGCGUGAAGUUUUGAAACGUGAUACGUCUUCUCAAACUCAUGCUGCUCAAUCGGCGGCAUUCCAUGCUGCCCAUGCAGAAGAUAGUGAUGGUACACCUCAUGUUGAAACUUUAAAACUUGAUUCAACUGAAGAUGAGUCAAAUGAUAAACCUACUUCCGAAGAAUCUGGAGUAGAAGACUCAAAAUUAAACGGUAAACUUGAAACUCUCAAAGAAGAUCCUAUUAACGAUUCAGGUAUCGAUUCUGGUACCGUCAUCUCAGCAUAAUGUAUUUUUUUACAUUGAACAUUGUUCUAUUUUUUCAUAUUUAAAGUCAAAUGUACUUAUAUAGUAUAUAUCAGUAUGUACAUAUAUGAUAUAUAUUUCAUUUUUGUUAUGCGAUUAAAACUAAAAGUUUAAUAUAAGAACUUCGUUAUGUUUCAUAUUGAUUAUAAAAAUAAUUUUUCUAAUACUGAACAUAAAGUAUACUAGUCGUAAAUGUACGAUAAUGAAUAUAGUUUUUCAAUAAAUGACUAUUUUGAUAAA